AUGGUGAUCAAAUUGUUGCAACUACCAGUUACAAAUGCCUCGCUCCGUGUUGAGGUUUUGCGACGUGGUUAUACGCAGUCGUUAUAUCACUUCGAUAUUGAUUGUUGUCAGUUUAUUAUCAGCAAACGACGCAAUCCUAUUGCUAAAGCCAUCUACAAAUUCCUACGCUUGGAUACCAACAGCAAUGUAAAUCACUCCUGUCCCUAUAAUAAUGACCUGAUUAUAGAUCAUCUGCAAUUUGAUAAGGAUUUGAAUCUACAUUUGCCUAUCGGAAAAGGGGAGUAUGUGAUGAAAAUGUAUUGGAAGAUCUACAAUGUUUUGCGCAGCAUUAUCGACGUAAAUAUGCAAAUUACAGAUUGA